AUGUUCUUCCUUCUUUUCUUAUCACAUUUGCUUCCCGCUUUUCUUUCUUUUUUUCUUACAUUUUCUUCUCGCUUUUCCUUCUUUUCUUCUUACAUUUUCUUCCCGCUUUUCCUUAAAUUCGUCUUACAUUUCCUUCCCGCUUUUCUUUCUUUUCCUCUUACAUUUUCUUCUUUCUUUUUUCUUUUCAAUUUCUUCCCGCUUUUCUUUCUUUUCUUCUUCCAUUUCCUUCCCGCUUUUCUUUCUUUUCCUCUUACAUUUUCUUCUUUCUUUUUUCCUAGCAAUUUCUUCCCGCUUUUCUUUCUUUUCUUCUUACAUUUCCUUCCCGCUUUUCUUUCUUUUCUUCUUACAUUUUCUUCCUUCUUUUCUUCUCAAAUUUUCUUCCGGCUUUUCUUUCUUUUCUUCUUACAAUUUCUUCCUUCUUUUCUUCUUCCAUUUUCUUCUCGCUUUUCCUUCUUUACUUCUUAUAUUGUCAUCCUUCUUUUGUUCUUAAAUUUCCGUCCCGUUUUUCAUUCUUUUCUUCUUAGAUUUUCUUCCUGCUUUUUCCUUGUUUUCUUCUUCCAUUUCUUCCGUUUUUCCUUCUUCUCUUCUUUCAUCUUCCCGUUUUUCCUUCUUUUCUUCUUACAUUUUCUUCCCGCUUUUCCUUCUAUUCUUUGUAACAUUUUCUUACGAACUUCACCUUUUUUACUUCCUCCCUUCCUCUUCGCCUAUAUUUUUCAUUCCUGUGCAUCCCCCCAUUUCAUUUUUUUCUUCAUUCUUUUAUUUCCUACUUUCCCCCUAAUCUUUCAUUACUUUCUCUCAGUUUCCCCCUUUUUAUUUAUUUCAUUCUUUCCUCUUCUCCCUUCAUUUCUUUCUUUGUUUCUUUUCCUCCCUUUUUUUCUUUCUUCCUUUACUUCUUCUCUUUCUCUCUUUUCUUCCUUUUCUUUCUUUGUUUUCUUUACACAUUUCCUUGUCUCUUACUUUCCUUUCUUUACUUUUUAUCUUCCGAUACUUUUCUUUCAUCUUUUUUUUCUGAUCUCUAAACUGCCGUCAUCAGUUUUUCAUAGACAUGACUCGAGUUUAUAA